AUGGAGAAGCAUCCGCACCCGGGAACGGAUUUACGACAUGGACAGCGCUCUGAUUCUGAGCAGGAAGAAUGGGCCGGCGAAUAUGACCCGCUGGCAGAUCCCCAAGAGCGCAGAGUCCUCUUUGCGGCCCUGGAUUCAUUCAGGCAGUAUCGCCGUGUUCUACAUCGAAACAUCACCCAUCGUCGCCGGCAGUCGUUCUACUCCCUACCGUCUUCGCACUGGGAGAAACUGGCGGCCCCGCCGUUUUGUAUGCUCGACACUCUCAACAAAAUCGACGACGCCAUCGACUCAAAUGCCGACAUUGCAGAGGCCAUUCUCGCCACGGGCCUCGCGCCCAUGCGCCUUCCACUGGAUCCGGCACCGCACGAUGUCAGGAAUUGGCGCAACAAGGCCACCUCGGAAGAUAUCAGCAAGGCGAACUCGACGAUCCGCCAAUUUUUCCGCGACUGGAGUGCCGAGGGUCAGCAUGAGCGAGAUGUUUCGUACGGGCCUGUGCUCCGCGCUCUGCGGCAGCGUUUCGGUGAGCGGCCGGCAUCGGGGACCAAGGUUCUAGUUCCUGGCGCUGGCCUGGGAAGGCUGGUGUUUGAUUUAAGUGUGGCAGGAUAUGCCGCCGAGGGGAAUGAGUUUUCGUACCACCAGCUACUAGCGAGUAGCUGGGUGCUGAACCAUACGCGAAAACCGGAGGAGUUUGCGCUAUAUCCAUUUGCGCUCGGGUUUUCUAACCUGAAAUCCAGAUCGCAGCAGCUUAAGCAAGUCAUGAUUCCGGAUGUCCAUCCUGGGUCCGUUGUCAAACAGCAAAGCCUAUUGCCGGAGAGCCAGCGCACGAUGGGCUCGAUGAGCAUGACCGCGGCGGAUUUUCUCAUUCAGUAUACCGAACCAGAGAGCAAGGAUGCCUUUGACGCUGUAGCAACGGUUUUCUUUAUCGAUACUGCACCAAAUCUGAUUCGAUAUAUUGAAACUAUUCACCACUGCUUAAAGCCAGGCGGUCUCUGGGUCAAUGUUGGUCCCUUGCUGUGGCACUAUGAAGACCGGCAUAAUGGAAACCAGAGCAAAAGCGAGGGUGCGGACACGGAUGACAUUGAAAAGCUGGGCAUUGUGGAGCCUGGAGCCGUGGAGUUUACGGAGGAUGAAGUCUUACAACUGGUGAGAUCGAUGGGCUUUGACAUUGAGAAACAUGAUACAGAAGCGGGCGAAUGUGGAUAUAUUCAAGACACUGAAAGCAUGCUGCAGAAUACGUAUAGGCCAUCGCAUUGGGUCGCAGUGAAGACAUAA